AUGGCGACCGCGCGCCCAGCCUUACGAAUUUUCUCCCCCCUGAGAACGAUCCACCGAACACCCGUCGUCCGGACACAACCCCCAGCACGACACUUCUUCAACCUCCCAAACCUCUCCUCCACCCCCGAACCGCAAGUCCUCACGGCCUCCCGAACCCUCCCAUACCCAUCGGCGCAACUCUACGACGUAAUCUCGGACGUGGACUCGUACUCCUCCUUCGUGCCCUACUGCGCGCAAUCCCGCGUCACACAAUGGAGUGCCCCCGAUGAGAACGGCCGCAAGUGGCCCGCCCAAGCCGACCUGCGCGUGGGCUGGGGCGGCUUCGAGGAGACCUUCACGAGCAGGCUGCACUGCGUGCCGGGCCGGAGCGUCGAGGCCGUCAGCGGCGCGGACGUGGAGGGGGCCGCUCCCGGGAACGGAGGCGAGGGCGGCGCGGUGUUCAGGAGUCUGGUGACAAAGUGGCAGCUGCGGCCGCUGACUACGGGGACCGGCACCGAGGUGGACUUGGUCAUCAGGUUCCAGUUCGCGAACCCCUUGUACUCGGCAGUGAGUGCUGCCGUCUCCGAAAAGGUGGCCGGCGUUAUGAUUCAGGCUUUCGAAAAGCGUGUCAAGGCUGUCCUGGGCAGACCGAGGAUAUAA